AUGCCGCUACCUGAAAUGCCGCGGAUCUUGUAUGGGACUGCAUGGAAAGAGGUGAAAACCACCGAACUUGUUCGCAUUGCGUUUCAUAUGGGGUUUCGUGGCGUGGAUACUGCAGCUCAGCGAAAACACUAUAGAGAGGACUUGGUAGGCCUUGGUCUGCAACAAGCCUGUAAGGAGCUGGGGCUGCAUAGGCAUGAUAUCUGGAUCCAAACAAAAUUCACGCCAAUGAGCGGUCAAGACCCUACAGGGUUUCUUCCAUACGACCCCCAGGCCAAUGUGGCCGAUCAAGUCUGUGAGAGUUUUAUCAACAGCUUGCGUUACCUUCAUCCAGAUGCUACCAUUCCUAAUGUUCGUUCUCUACUGGCCAAGUACGCUGUGCGAGCCAAGCGCGAUACCGAGGAACGAGAAGAAGCGCCUCUGCAGGAGGUCUAUCUCGACAGCUAUGUAAUGCACUCACCUAUGAACAAUUUGCAAAGCACACUACAAGCCUGGGCAGUCAUGGAGGCCCUGGUCGAUGCGGGCCUAGUUCGGUAUAUUGGUUUCAGCAAUAUUCGCCAUCUUGUUUGA